CUUGCGGCCCUGUGUUAGCACGCGUGUUGGUGUUUGGAACAUGGAUCUGGUUUGGAAUUGUAAUUACACAUUGUAAACAGUGAAAUAUUGCAUUUAAAUAAUUUCCAUUCAUCACUAUGGGAGGGCAGGCAAAAGGCAAGAAGAAAAACAAACCUAAGAAGAAAGAGAACCGGCCUAACAGGGAUCCAGCAAUAGUUGGAUUGUCACCUCAAGAAAGGAUGAAAGUAAGGAUACAUGUGAAAGCCAAGAAGAAGACAGCUGAGAAGUACUCUGUGCAACAACUUUUGGAAAAGACAGAGGAAUACAUGGACAGCUUUGACUUUGAGAUGGCCUCACUAUUUUGUCAACGAGCUCUGGACCUGGAAGCCACCAAUCUUCAAGCUCUGGACAUGCUCGGACAUAUCUAUUCAGAAAUGGGGGAUACACUAAAAGCUAAGGAAGUUUUUCAAAGAGCAGUGGAGCUGAGCCCCAACAUUGGCCACAGGAAGUACAUGUCUUUGGGACAGAUACACACAGGACAAGAGGCUGUGGACUUCUAUCUAAAAGGAAUACAAGUUCUGCUUUCUGCACUGGAAAAGCAAGAAAAGACAACAGGGCCCCUUGGAGCUUCAGCCUUCCCAGAGGAGGACACAGAUCUGCCAACGGAGAGAGACGUGAGCGUGGCGUACUGCUCCAUCGCUGAAAUUUACCUGACAGACCUUUGUAUGGAGGAGGGUGCAGCGGACAAAUGUAAGGAGUUCAUUGAGCGAGCUUUACACUAUCACCAUGACAACCCAGAGGCUCUGCAGCUCAUGGCGAGUUACCUGUUCAGCGCUGACAGAAACCAGGAAGGCAAAGAGUACUUGUUAAAAAGUGUGGCUGGAUGGCUACCUUCUCAGAAAGCUGCAUCAGGCUUAGAAGAGGAUUUACAGAAUAUUGAGAUCCCUCCCUAUGAGUCUCGCAUCACCACGGCCAAACUGCUCAUCGAGGCGGAAGAAUAUGAGACUGCUGUGGAUGUCUUAGAAGGUCUUCUGGAGGAGGACGACGAAGUUGUCCAAGUGUGGUAUCUGUCUGGCUGGGUCUGCUACCUCCAGCUGCAGAGGGCAAAAGAGCUCCUACAAAGAGAAGCCAGAGAAGCAACGGAAGAGGAGAGAGAGGAGGGCAAGGCACUGGAGGAGGCUGCCCGAUCCUACCUGACCAAUGCUAAGAAGCUGUACAACAAACUACGGUGUGACGACCAGCCCAUGUUGGAGCAUGUGGAACAACUGUUGGGAGAACUGGGAGGAGAGCUGGAAGAGGAGGAGGAGGUGGCCGAGGAAGACUUCGAUCCGUGCAGUGAUGAUGAAGAGGACACAGACGCCCCUAUGGAACACUGACCACACCCUUCCUGUUUUUAUCCAUGAUUACUUCUCCUCUUGUAGUGUAAAUCUUUCUGUGUAUGUGCCUCAUCAAGUGCCUUCCUCUGUCUAUUCUUUAUCCACCCAUUUGUCAAAGCAGAAAUUUGGAUGCAAGAAGCGGCAUUAAAAGCUCAAGUCGACUCCA